GACCACCAAUGGUUCCGGACAGAGAGUUAAACCAUCUUCGGCGGACCGGUACAGGCAGACACCGUGUUGGGACAUAAAUCUUGUGCCUGAAUGGCGGGCUGGGCCAACUGCCCAAUCUAGGAGGUAGAUGAUGGUUUCAGCUUUCAGUACUUGUAUAGCCGCUUAGAGUAGAGUAGGCGGCUUUAGUUAGAUAGAUAGACAGAUACAUAGCUUUAAAGGAACUGCGUGAUAUAAACACCAAAUCGUCCAACUAUCUCUCUCUAUAGAACUGUACCUUGUACAGACAAACACACAACAAACUUACACACAAGCAAUAAUUUUAAAAACCGUAGAGCAUACUCAAAUCUGAAAACGCAAACUCUAGAAAAAAAUAUAUUUAUUUUGUGAUAUUUCGUUUCGUGAACCGAGAGAAAAUCUGCGAGAAGUUUAAAGAUAAAAAUCCGGGAAACUGUUCCUGGGAAAGUGUACACAGAUAAGACAGGAUGGAUCCAGCAAUCAUGGCUCAGAUAGGAUCAGGAAGUGAGGAUGUUCCAAAUGAUCCAGGGAAGAUGUUUGUUGGUGGAUUAUCCUGGCAAACUACACCUGAAGGAUUGAAGGAAUAUUUCUCAAAAUUUGGAGAAAUUUCUGAAGUUAUGGUUAUGAAGGAUCCAACUACUAGAAGAUCAAGAGGAUUCGGUUUUGUAACAUUUUCUGAUUCAACUGGGGUAGAUAAAGUUCUGGAACAUGGAACUCAUGAUCUUGAUGGAAAAAAGAUUGAUCCUAAAGUUGCAUUCCCACGGCGAGCUCAUCCUAAGGUAACUUUUUUCUCAAAAAAUAUUAUUUUUACAGUCGUCAGAGGAGGGACGACCCUGGAGGAUGUUAGAUCGUAUUUCGACCAAUUUGGAAAGAUAGAAGAUGCAAUGCUGAUGUUCGAUAAACAAACAAAUAGACACAGAGGUUUUGGGUUUAUAACCUAUGAGAAUGAAGAGGUGGUGGAUAAAGUUUGUGAAAUUCAUUUCCACGAAAUCAACAAUAAAAUGGUUGAAUGCAAGAAAGCUCAGCCCAAAGAAGUAAUGCUACCAGCCAACCUAGCCAAGGGUCGAACUGCUGCCCGGGGUCUUGGUGAGUUACUCAUGGUUUCCCCAGGGUCUGGUGUACUGCAAACCCUUAGAUAUUCCCCUUACAGUGUUGCCUCUACUAACUCACUAAUGAUGACUCAAAGUUUAACGUUUUCAAGUCCAAAUCAAGCUUCUUUUGAUGCUGUCACAAAUGAAGCACAUUCGCCCCUGGUGUCACUCUCUGGAACUAACAUAUCACAUGACUUCAAUAGUUUAUGCCAGCUUCAGCUGUUUGGGUCACCGGAUAUUCAGUUGACUAUGAAUCAGCUGUUGGCUGCCCAGCUCAGUCUUGGCGCCAAAACUAGGUUUUCUAGCCCUCCUCCGCAGCAGCAAAACCGGUUUCAACCACACUUUGAAACCAGUUUUGACUCUGGCAGGCUGAGAACAAGUUUUUGUGAUUAUUUUGGUGCUCCAGAUAGUUUUGGGCGAACAGUUCAUGUUGGCAUGUAAAAGCUUGCAGGGGCAAUGAAGAAAAUUUAUAUUUUAAAAAUUCGAGCUGCUUUAAACGAAAAGAAAAAUAUGACCAGAAGCGUACAUGGAAAGGGGCGCUGCUCUAUCUGCCCCCUCUGGAUACACCCCUGGAUGUAAUUAGUAAUCUAACCGUAGAUAUAACAUCUUGUAGAAUAAAUAGUUUCACAGAUGUUUAAUAAUUUAAUCAUCGCAAUAAUUCCAAAGAGAGGGUGGAAUGAAACUAAUAACAAUGUGUAAUCCUCAAAAACCAAAUCUGCUUUGGCAUAGCAAGUUCACAAAUUUGAUUUCCAUCACCGGAAAAGGCGGAGAGGUGGUUGGAGGCUUUAGCAUGCUUGGCAUAAAGGAAAUUUUUGCGGCUUGGAUUACAAAUUAUUGUUGUUUCCCUCCCUCCCUCUUCUUCUAAGAUGACACUUUACAAAAUUAGACAUCUGUGAGCUUUAAAAAGAAGUAGUACUAGUAAUGUAUUAAAAAAGGAAACGGCAUUUCUUUUAAAUUUGAAGUUUUCAAAAAAAAUUAAAUUGAUUUUAAAGCAUCAAAAUGUGUAGAGUCAAUUUUAAUUAGAAGUGCCAGGCCCGUUUAGUAUGUAGAUAUUAGUAAUGUAAACACUGCUUUCUUUUUUACGAACGAAAAUUGUUAUGUCUUGGAAUUAUUUUUUCUUAAAAAAAACUGUAAAACUUAUUUCUUACUACCAAAGCAAUAGUUUAUACUAAAAAUCUAAAAUAAAAAAUCGCUUUUUUCUUUCUCUUGAGAUUUAAAUUUAUUUCAAUUUAGAAUAAAUUCUACUUCAAAAUUAAAUUUUUUAAAAGAAAAAUCUCCAAGGAAUUUAAUCAAACAUUUUAGGAGUGUAAUGAAGUUAUUCAAAGAAAAACCCCCCCCACCCCCACCCCUUACCUACACUCCCUCCUCCCUUCUUAUCUUCUUACUCUUUACCCCUCUCAUUACAUAAGAUCUUUAUCUCUUAAUCUUAUUCAAUUGUUUUUUAUUUUAAAAGAUUUUUUUGUUUGAUUUUCAUAAAUGUUUACCUUAGUUUUUUUUUUAAAUCUUCGAUUAUUUAAAUUCUUUCAUUAUUCAAAUUCUUCCAUUUCUUACACUUUUUUACUACUCAAAUUUUUCCAUUACUCAAAUUCUUCCAUUACUUCAAUGCUUCCAUUAUUAACUUUUUCCAUUACUUAAAUUCUUCCAUUACUCAAAUUCUCCCAUUACUUAAAUUCGUUCAUUACUCAAAUUCUUUACUCAAAUUCUUCCAUUACUUAAAUUCUUCCAUUACUCAAAUUCUUCCAUUACUCAAAUUCUUCCAUUACUCAAAUUCUUCCAUUACUCAAAUUCUUCCAUUGCUCAAAUUCUUCCAUUUCUCAAAUUCUUCCAUUACUCAAAUUCUUUCAUUACUCAAAUUCUUCCAAUACUCAAAUUCUUACAUUGUUCAAAUUCUUCCAUUACACAAAUUCUUCCAUUUCUCAAAUUCUUUCAUUACUUAAAUUCUUCCAUUUCUCAAAUUCUUCCAUUACUCAAAUUCUUCCAUUAGUGAAAUUCUUCCAUUACUCAAAUAUUUCCAUCACUUAAAUUUUUCCAUUACUUAAAUCCUUGCAUAAAUCAAAUUCUAUAUUAUUCAAAUUGUCCAUCCAUCCUUCCCUCCUUCAUCAGGUUAUAUUCUGUGAAUGUGACCAAUUUUCUAAUCAUAUCCGAUUCUUUAGCAAAGCUGAAAUGGUCUAUUUCUAGUUUUGUCAAUAUUCUCAUAUCUUUCCUUUUCUCACCCCUCCCCCUCCUCUCCCUGGCCUCUUUCGCUCUCCCCCAUCCUCCCUCCUUCCAAUAACUUUUUCAUUUAUUUUCAAAUUAAUAAUUUUAAUAAUGUUGAAUAAUUCCAAGACAAAUAUACUGAAUAUGCCUGCAAUGUGUAGCAAUAACAUUAGUGCACAAUAAAACAUGUAGUUUACUAGUAAAGGAUGGACAACUUUCUAAUGUUUUAACGAUGACAAAUAUUUUAUAAAUUGUACUGUUUAUCGAUUGGCAACUUUUUAAUGUACAAUGUCCCAAUUGGUAACUUGAAUGUCAUUUUCCCAAUUGGUCACAUUUUAAUGUACAUUUUCCUAAACUGGAAACUGCCAAAUGUACAUGUGUAACUUUCAAAUGUACAUUUUCCCAAUUGGCAACUUUUUAAUGUACAUUUUCUGACAUUUUCCCAAUAAGCAACUUCCAAAUGUACAUAAGCAACUUUAAAAUGUACAAUUUCCCAAUCCACAACUGCCAAAAUUACAAUUUCCAAAUUGGCAACUUCCAAAGUACAAUUUCCCAAUCGUCCACUUUCAAAUGUAUAAUUUCCCAAUUCAUAACUUCCAAAUGUACAAUUUCCCAAUUGACAACUUUCAAAUGUAUAAUUUCCCAAUUGAUAACUUCUCAAGUACAAUUUCCCAAUUGGCAACUUCUAAAAGUACAAUUGCCCAAUUGAGAACUUCCCAAAUAUAAAUUUUCCCAUAGUGUUUUGCAUGCUAAUUUGCCAAUUUGCACAUGCAAACUACAAUUUAUUCAACUUUGUUGUUUGUGCGAAAAAGUCAAUAAUGUUAUUUACUGUUGCAGAAAGUUUUGUAAAAACCAAGAGUAUUAAAAGUACAUUUAAGCAAUUUAGCAAAUAUUUUUGUUUAAACUUUCUAAUUUUAAAAUUUUUUCCCUAACAGUUGUCCAGCCUUUUUGUAGAUUUUGUAGAAUUUAGUUGCUCUGUAGAAAUAAUAAUAACAUAUACUGAUCUCGUGAUAAAGCUUUAAAAGAUAUGUUUACGUUAGUUGGGGACUGUAGGGGUAAUUUCAAGUAACCCUUCAUAUAACAUAAUAGUUUCAGAAGAAGUAAAUAUUUCCAUUUACUAUUAUAGCCGAUUAAAAUAUUCAUAUCUUUAAUUGGAUAAUGAGAUAGAUAGAAAGAUAGAUGUUACCGCCUUACAAUUUCUAUGGGUUUAGAAUAGACACCAAACACAUGACUGAACCCUGAUUGGAUUAGGCACUAAUGGAGCGGCAUACAGGAGUGUAAA